GUGACACCGCUCACAUCACAUGAGGACACUGCUUUGAAGCGGCGGUGUUUACACUCCAGUGUAAUUUAACUCGGAUGUGUUACUUUUCUCCCAAUGGCGGGCCGGUGGACCUCUCUGGGGAUUAUUCUAACUGUUCUGUGUGUGCACCACGUUUCUGCCUUUUCUACGAGUUGGAAACAAAGUAGAGGAAGAGAGAGAUUAGUGGCUGAACCUCAGUUAAAGGAGAAGUUCUUCACUCAGAUUUUGGACCACUUCAAUUACAACAGCCAGGGCAAUGGGACAUACUCACAGCGUUACCUGAUCACAGAUCAAUAUUGGACGAAAGGCCAUGGCCCCGUCUUCUUCUACACCGGGAAUGAAGGGGACGUGUGGGACUUUGCCCUGAACUCUGGGUUUAUAUUGGAGCUUGCAGCUAAGCAGGAGGCGCUGGUCAUAUUCGCUGAGCAUAGAUAUUAUGGGAAAUCUCUACCCUUUGGCCAAGAGUCCUUCAACAUUGAAAACGUCGGGCUCCUGACCGUGGAGCAGGCUUUAGCCGACUAUGCAGUCAUGAUCACGGAGCUAAAGGAGGAACUGGGAGCUCAGAAAUGCCCCGUCAUUGUUUUUGGUGGGAGUUAUGGCGGCAUGUUGAGUGUGUAUAUGAGAACACGGUAUCCCAAUAUUGUAGCUGGGGCUUUAGCUGCCAGUGCUCCGAUCUUAUCUACAGCAGGACUGGGCGACUCUGGGCAGUUCUUCCGAGAUGUUACGGCUGAUUUUCAGAAUUAUAAGCCGGAAUGUAAAGACUCCGUGAAAGCAGCUUUCCAGAAGCUUCAGACUUUGGCACAACAACAAGACUAUGCCCGUAUCCAGUCGGCUUUCUCGCUGUGUAAGACUCCAUCCUCGGAUAUGGACCUCCACCAGCUGAACGGUUUCCUGCGCAACGCCUUUACGUUACUGGCUAUGAUGGACUACCCUUACGACACCAGCUUCAUGUCAAAAAUGCCUGCUUUCCCUGUUAAGGUGGCGUGUGAGGUGAUGCUGAAUGGAACUGAAGUGCUGUCCGCACUUAGAGACACCGUGGGUAUUGUGUACAACUCUACAGGGAAGGAGACAUGUUUUGACCUUUACUCGCUGUAUGUAGAGUGCGCAGAUCCUACAGGCUGUGGCCUCGGCUUCAACAGCUACGCAUGGGACUAUCAGGCAUGCACGGAGAUCGAGAUGUGCUUCGAGAGCAACAACGUUACGGACAUGUUUCCCCCCAUGCCCUUUACACAAAGUAUGAGACAGGAGUACUGUGCCAAGCAAUGGGCGGUGCUGCCACGGCCAGGCUGGCUCAAAACCCAGUACUGGGGUGAUGCUCUUUCAACAGCCAGCAAUAUUAUCUUCUCCAACGGUGAUCUGGACCCGUGGGCUAACGGAGGGAUCAGAAAGUCACUUAGUGAGUCUUUAAUUGCAAUCAACAUAGAAGAUGGAGCACAUCAUCUGGAUUUAAGGGCUUCUACCGAAUAUGAUCCUGCAUCAGUGAUAAAGGCGCGGCAGCAGGAGGCCACCAUCAUCGCACAGUGGGUGAAAGCUGCAAGAGAAAAGAUGCUCUAAAAAUCUUUUCAAAAGGUGCAGUUUGGACAUUUUAAAGCUCCACAUUAUAUAGUAAGCAAAAUUUCAACGAUACCUUAAAUACUGUGAUUGGCAAAUGUUACCAUGCAAUGAGUCAGGCUGGUCCCUCUACUCCCUCCCCCCAUCCCAAACCCUGAAAUCAGCUCCAGCAGUCAGGACAGUUGCUCAGUUGUGGCUAUGUCCAUUAAAAAAAAAAAAACAAAAAAAAAAAGAAAAAAAAGCAGCCAACUUCUCAGGCAUAAGUCGUUUCCAUAAAUGAUUCAGGAGAAAGGGAAGACGUUUUAAAUUGUGAUUGAUGAAUUGUAGUGAAUUUCACUGCAAACUCCUUUUACUUGUAAUUAUUGCUGCUUGUUUUUUGUUUUUAAACAAAAAGAUUCAAAUAAAAUUCAAACUCAACUCA